UCGCGCCUUGUGUAGGACGAGACAGCUUCCCUAAGCUCAGUUAACAGAAGAGUCGACACUCGACAGUGGUCGUUCAGCUAGAAGCUGACAACAACUUAUGUGCUGCUCUAUCGAUCCUUUUUUAAAUUAACGUGCUUGUGUGCAUUGCUGCCAACCGUGUUUAGUGCCCAAGUGUUGUGUCCUCACCGGUGAUAUACAACAACUGAGAGUGACGUGUAAAGCGUCAGAAGAAACACCGAAUAUCGAGUGUAUUUUGUCAAAACCCAUCUCCAGUGCAUAAACAUCCUUGGUCCCGGCUAAAUUUAGCCUUGCUGUUUUUUUUGUUUUAAACGUUGAAUAACUUGUUUGUUAACAACUCUUCGACCAGAGCUCGUUCAGCUUACGUUUCUCUCCCUCUACUUCCACUUCUGUUGGGGGAUGACUGGGAAAUAAAAUAGCACUUUUGGUUUUUUUUUUCCCUCUUCAUUCUUUCUCUCUUUCUCUCCCUCUCUCUUCUGGGGCUCUCUUCUUUUUCUGCCUCCCCUGUUCUCUUCUGUUUCGACGACGAAAAAGAGGGGUUAGAGGGAUAGCCCGAUUUGAGGUAUAUAAAUAUAUGCAAGACACAGUGCAGGACACAGCAGGGGAAAAAGAAAACAUGCCCCGAAAACUGCCUCGGGCAUGUCAAGGUGAAGGUUACUGCCAAUGCCGUCAAUAGGUCGAUCCUCGAUCUGCAUGAGUGGCUGAACUUGGAGCGGCAACGAAAAGAAAAAAAAAAUCGUGUGUGAUCCUCAAAAUUAAGUAUCCGGUGGAUUUUGUGACAGCCUCGAAAAAGAGAAGGACGAGUCGACGUCCACUUCCAUGGCUUUUUCACGGCAUUACCUUGCUGUCUGCCUCGUCUUCUCAGCCGCUAUCCUCACUUCCCUCUCAUCCAUCAGCCAAGACGGCGAUGCGGUCAAGUGCACCGGACUGGACCAGUUUGCCUGCGCCGAUGGACUACGAUGCAUCCCGGCCAAUUGGCGAUGCGACAGCUCGCCGGACUGUGCAGACACAUCCGAUGAACCACCCGAUUGUCCGCCUCUGACGUGCCAACCGGGACAGUUCAAGUGUGCCGGGAGCGGCCACUGCAUCCCCAUCAACUGGGUAUGCGACGGCGAGGCCGACUGCGGCGCAUCCGUUCCUGGUAUCGAUUCGUCGGACGAAGAUCCCGUCAAAUGUCAUGGCAAUAGUACUUGCCCGCCCAACAGCUUCCGCUGCCCGGAUGGAUCUGGUUGCCGUCUUAUCGCGUCUCUGUGCGACGGAUCCGCCGACUGUGCCGAUGGCUGGGAUGAAGGAGCUUUUUGCAAGAACGUGAGCCAAUGUCAAGGCGCCGGAUGUCAGCACGGAUGCAAGCCGAGCGCCGACGGACCUCUGUGCUUCUGCAAAGAGGGAAGUCAACCUAAUGGAACCGAUUGCAUUGAUGCCGACGAGUGUGCCGUAGAAGGCUCUUGCGAUCAAUUAUGCACCAACAGCAACGGGUCCUUCAGUUGCGAUUGCAUUAGCGGGUACCUGAAAGACGGCCAGCGAUGUCACGCGCUCAAUGAGCCCGAGAACGAACUGGCGUCUCUCUUGUUGGUGACUUCGAUCGAUGUGCGACAUGUCCACCUUAACGGCACUCCCAUCAACGGAGCCAGCCGGCACGCCACCGUGGAAACGCAGACCCUGGAAUUCAAUCAUCGAAACCGUACUGUUUGCUGGCUCUACCACCUCAUUCCCAUGGUGGUCUUGCGCUGCGCUCUAGUGGCCGACUUGACCGUCAGCUGGGAUCUACCUCCUCCCACCAUGUUCAGUUUGAACACCGUCAGCCAAAUUGCACUGGAUUGGCUAUCGGGUAACUGGUAUUUUCUCGAUGACAACAAGGAACUGAUCUUCUUAUGCAAUAGCACGUUGACUAUUUGCACGACAGUGGUAGAGGUCAAUUUAAAUAAGCCCCGAGCGCUGGCCUUAGAUCCUCCUAACGGACUCAUGUUCUUUACGGUUUUCGGCUAUAAUUCACCUCGAAUUGAACGCGCUGCGUUAGAUGGUAGCAAUCGACAAAUCGUCGUCAGCGAUAAAGUCGUUUAUCCUGUAGGUUUGGCGUUAGACUUGGCCAACAAUUACAUCUACUGGAUAGAUACAUAUUUGGACGUCAUAGAGCGAGCCAGUUAUGAUGGCUCCAGAAGGAAAACUGUCAAAAAAGGCUAUUUGGUAAGAAACCUCUAUGGUAUUAGCUUGUUCGAGAACGAUUUGUAUGUGACCAACUGGCGCAACGAGAGUGUUUAUCGCAUCAACAAGUACACAGGCGAUUCUGUCGUAGCCUUGAAGAGCAACAAGAGUCGGCCGUUCUCCAUCCACGCCUACCAUCGUCAAAGGCAGCCAGAAGGCAUCAACUCGCCGUGCAAGCUGGCCAACAACAAUUGUCAGCACCUAUGCGUUCCCCUGGGAAAGGAUGGUAACGCCAGUGGUAAUGCCACCAUUCAAGGCAACUCAAAUGCCAUUUGCAUGUGUAAGGCCGGAUAUAAAUCCGUCAAGGAUGGGCGGUGUACCCCCAUUAAACAAGCACAGUUUCUCGUGUACGCCCAAGGAAAACCGUCCAUGAUUAAAAGCGUCGGAUUGAUGCCUGUUGGAUCCCCCGCGUGGCCGUCGACGCCGGGCGAGAGCUGGCAUCAGCAAGCAAUGGUGCCCAUUACCGAGGUGGGCUUGGUUGGUGCUCAUGACUUUCAUGUCGCGUCCCAGUCCAUCUACUUUUCCGACCGUUUGAGGUUGACGAUCGAACGGCAAAAGAUCGAUGGCAGCAACCGCCAAAUUCUACUGGAGCAAGGAUUGGACUCUUGCCAGGGCCUAGCCAUCGAUUGGAUGAGCCGCAACAUUUACUGGACGGACGAAGGGCGGGGCGCUAUUAGCGUCGCUCGUCUCGACAGCCUGGAAGAGGCAACUCUAAGCAAACGUCGUCUCCUCAUUAGCGUGCCUCAUCCUCGUUCCAUCGUCGUCGAUCCGAAACGCGGCUUUAUGUACUGGUCUCAAUGGGAAUCGGUCGUACAAGUCUCUGUGCUCGACAUCAAUACGCCGGCCACCAUUCAGCGCGCUUGGAUGGACGGCACCCAUAUCGAAGUCUUUGUCAGCCAAAAUUUGCACUGGCCCAACGGAUUAACCAUCGACUACACGGGCAAGAAGAUGUACUGGUGCGAUGUCCAUCUCGGUCGCAUCGAACGCAUUAAUUUGGAUGGCACCAAACGAGAGUUGAUUGCGUCCGCCUCGGAGAGCCUCCACCGUCCCUAUGGCUUAGCCAUCAGUGACAGUUUCCUUUACUGGACGGAAAAAGAUGUCGGCAAGAUCCAACGGCUUUCGUUGAACAACCUCUCUCUACCGAUGGAAACGUUACGCACCGAAAAUCGGGUCCUGUUCGAUAUCAAACUCUUCGACAACACAUCUCAAACAGGGGAGAACAUCUGUAGCUCGAAUCCUUGCCCGGAUCUGUGUGUAGUGGUGCCCAAGGGGCAUGUCUGUCUAUGUCGCGAAGGGUUCCAAUCUGAUCCAAAGAACAAUCAAUCAUGCACGGUCCCAACUGCCGAACUGACGACGUGCGAUCCCAUCCAAGAGUUCCGUUGCCGUCGAAGUGGCACAUGCAUCGAGAAACGGUUCCUCUGCGACGGAGAUUUCGAUUGCCCCGAUCAAUCGGACGAAGAUACGACGCCUGGCGGCUCUUGCGAACAUGUCACGUGUCGCAAGGACCAGUUCAAGUGUCGCACUAUCGGCUGCGUGGCAAGGUCAUGGGUCUGUGAUGGCGAUCGCGAUUGCAACGAUGGGUCAGACGAAGAAGAAUCACUCUGCCAGAACUCUUCGUGCAACAGUAAUCAAUUUACAUGUCGCCAGACGGGGCGCUGUAUACCGAAAGCGUGGGAAUGCGAUUCGGAUCAUGACUGCGGAGCUAGCGACACGUCGGACGAGCACGAAGGCUGCGCCAAUCAGAAAUGCGGCGUGGACGAGUUCACUUGUGCCAGCGAAGUGUGCGUUCCUCUGGACUUUGUGUGCGACCGCGACGACGAUUGCCGGGAUGGAUCGGACGAGAAGAAUUGUCAACACAUGUGCGAGGCCCCCGAGCACUACUACUGCGCUGCAGAUAACAAGUGUUUGUCGUCGGCCGCCCUCUGCAACGGCGUCGUCGAGUGCAGCACUGGAGAAGACGAAGCCAAUUGCUCGGCCGUCAUCCGGAAGCACGGGUGCGAAUCGCACGAGUACGACUGCAGGGACGGCAGUUGCAUCCCCUCCCAUUUGGUUUGCAAUUUGCAACACGACUGCCUGGAUGGAUCGGAUGAACAAGGAUGUGUCAACGUGACUUGUCGCCCCGGAGAGUUUGUUUGCGCCGACAAUUCGCGUUGCCUUCCGGCCAUGUGGCGGUGUGACGGUAGCGAGGAUUGCUCCGAUGGUUCCGAUGAAAAAGGAUGUGCAUCCAAGAUUCCUACGUGUUUGCACCCGUCCCGAUUGUGCGAUAAUCAGACACUGUGCAUUGACCCCAGUAUGCUCUGCAAUGGCAAACCAGAUUGCCGGGACGGCUCUGACGAAUCGGACCGAUGUGCGGAACAGCUCUGUUCACAUGCCCACGACUGUAGCCACAUAUGUCAUAACGCCCCCGAAGGGGUCGUCUGCUCCUGCCCGACCGAAUCCGGAAUGACACUUGGCAACGAUAGCAAAACAUGCUCCGUAUCUCAUCCGUGUGAACAAUGGGGCACUUGUUCCCAGCUGUGUAUACCGGUCAAAUCCAAACAUCAUUGUUCCUGUUUGCCUGGUUACGAAAAACAACAGGAUGGCUUCACCUGCAAGAGCGUGGAUCCAUCGACACCGUACAUCAUAUUCAGCAAUCGACACGAAUUGCGUGGAAUUGAUUUGCACACUCACAACGUCAAGGCCCUCAUUUCCAGUUUGAAGAACACGAUCGCCCUCGAUUUCUACCACAGCCAGGAAGCGGACGUCAUCUUUUGGACGGACGUGGUCGAUGACAAAAUCUACCGCGGAACGCUCGUCGGUGGCUCCCUCACCAACAUCGAAGUCGUCGUCCAAACGGGGCUGGCCACGGCUGAGGGUUUGGCCGUCGACUGGGUCGGCGAGAACCUCUAUUGGGUGGAGAGCAAUCUCGACCAGAUUGAAGUGGCGAAACUCAACGGAAGUUUCCGUCGGACUCUGAUUGCCGGCAACAUGGAAAGCCCAAGAGCCAUCGCCUUGGACCCCCGUCACGGCAUUCUCUUCUGGACGGACUGGGAGUCGGGCAAUCCUCGCAUCGAGUCAUGCAGCAUGAGCGGCGAAGGCCGGAAAACUGUCGUCCGCGUCGAUGCCGUUUCAGACGGAGCCUGGCCCAACGGCCUCACUCUCGAUUACGGCGCUGAGCGGAUCUACUGGAUCGAUGCCCGCUCCGACUCGAUCCACACGGCCAAGUACGACGGCACAGAUCCGCGGGAGAUCCUCCGAGGUCACGAAACCCUUUCCCAUCCGUUCGCCAUUGCCCUCUUCGAAAGCCACGUCUACUGGACCGAUUGGCGAACCAAUUCGGUUAUCCGUGCUAAUAAGUGGAACGGUUCCGACGUCACAGUCAUCCAGCGGACACUGACGCAGCCUUUCGACAUCCAGAUAUUGCAUCCCAGCCGUCAGCCAUCUGAUUUCGAAAAUCCAUGUGGCACGAAGAAUGGCAAUUGCUCGCACUUGUGCUUGCUGAGUUUCAACAGCACUUAUCGCUGCCAUUGUCCUCACGUCAUGAAGUUGGCCCAAGACGGACGCAGCUGCAUCCGCAAUGAACGCGUCCUGCUCUUCUCGCGACCCAACGAGAUUCGCGGAGUUGAUUUGGACAAUCCGUAUUAUCACAUCAUUCCACCCAUUAGUCUGCCGCAAGUACUCCAGGCCGUCCAAUUGGAUUUCUACGGACACGAACGGCGCAUUUUCUGGGUCGAUGCCCAGCUCAACGAAGUGAAACGAGUGGGACUAGUCGGUUCGCCCGUCGAGACAGUCGUCGAUACAGCCAUUAAGAAUCCGCACGGGAUGGCCGUUGAUUGGCUAUCUGGCAACCUCUUCUUCAGCUCCAACGACGGACUACGCAAUCACAUUUCUGUGUGUAGCCUGGACGGUGAGUUUGUGACUCGCAUCGUAGAAGAUGUUUAUCAAGUGAGAUCGAUGGCCGUCGAUCCAACCCAGGGGAAACUCUUCUGGAGUGAGACGGAUCGGCCGGAACAACAAGAGCACGUCAUCUUCAUGGCCAAUAUGGACGGCAGUGAUCGCACCAUUUUGGCUAAGCUGACGGACCAUCCAGAGGAUUCUCCCAAAAGCUUGAGCUUUGAUAUCAAAGAUAAUCGUCUCUACUGGAUCGAUUUCGAAACCCAAUCAAUCCAAUAUUACAAUUUCGCCAUUAAGAAAGUUGUGCAAUUGUCUCCCAGUCAGACAUCUCUGAAGUUGCCAACGGCCCUGGCCGUUUUGGGAGACCGGAUCUAUUGCGCCGAUAAGCACGACGCAGCCAUUCACGUCAUCAACAAGACAACUGGCGCUCACGACUUCAUCUUGCGCACCAACAUUGACAACGUCCUGGCCCUCAAGAUUUACGAUCCCGAAUUACAGACGGGCAGCAACGAGUGCGCUGCCAACAACAAGAGCCAAUGCGCCCAUCUCUGCCUGCCCGUCUCUGCCUCUUCGUUCGUCUGCAAGUGCGCCGCCGGUUACGUGACGGAUCCCGCCAAUCCGAAUGAUUGCGUCAGUGUCGACUCGUUCAUCCUCUACUCUCUCAACGGUGAAAUUAAAGGCGUGGCGCUGGGAGAGACGACCAAUUCCACCAACCAUACAGAAGUUCUUGGACCCAUCUCGCGUAUUCAGAUGGCCAACAGCGUCGACUUUUUGGCCGCUCAGGGUUACAUCUAUUGGGUCGAUAGUGACCACGGCAGCAUCGUCAGAAUUCGCCGUGAUGGCACCGGCCGUCAAGUGGUCGCUGAGGGGCUGGACUCGGUCGAAGGUUUGGCCAUCGAUUGGAUAGCCGGCAACAUGUACUGGACCAAUCCGAAAUUCGACGUUAUCGAGGUUGCCAACGUCAACGGAUCCUUCAAGUACGUCGUGGUAGCUGGUGAUAUGGACAAGCCUAUGUCGAUUGCCGUUGAUCCCGUGGCUGGCUUUGUGUUUUGGACCGAUCGAGGUCGGACACCGAGAAUUGAACGAGUUCGUCUGGACGGAUCUGACCGACGAAUUCUUGUCAACGAAUCCAUCUUUUUUACGACUGGACUGACGCUGGACUACCAGAACAAGAAAGUCUAUUGGUGCGACUCGCGACUGGACACGAUCGAGCGCAUGGACUACGACGGUAGCAAUCGCCAAAUCCUUCUGGACAAGACCCAUCUGGAGAACCCGCAAGGCAUCUCCAUUUAUCGGGAUCAGAUUUAUUGGAUAGACACGACGCAGGACGGCGGGACACUCAAUCAGGCCCCAACUUCUAACGUGUCCGAUUAUCAAGUUGUCCUCUCUCAGCUGGGCGAAUCUCUCAAGGACGUCAAGGUCUACAGCACCGAAAGACAAGAAGGCACCAAUCCGUGUUCCAGUCGGAAUGGCGGCUGCAAGGAGCUCUGCCUCUUUAACGGCUCCAGUGCUGUUUGCGCUUGCGCCCACGGCCAAGUCAGCGCCGACGGGCGCGAUUGCGAAGAAUUUGACGCUUUCGUCGUCUAUUCUCGCAUGACCCGCAUCGAUUCGAUUCACAUUAGCGACGCCAACAAUUUCAACGCCCCGUUUCCCAGUAUCGAAUCCAAGGAAUAUAUCCGCAACGUCAUCGGUCUCGGUUACGAUUACCAACGGCGCUUGAUAUUUUAUUCGGACAUCCAACGAGGCAGCAUCAAUUCCGUUUACUUUAACGGAACGCGUCACAAGGUCAUCGCCGAAAAGCAAGGAAUGGUCGAAGGAUUGGCUUACGACAGCAAGGACGACUCUUUAUACUGGACUUGCAAUAGUGAUUCAACGAUUAGCAAAGCCGUUCUUAGCGAAAAGAACGCCACUGUUCAGAAAGUGGUCCGUUUGACAACUGAAGACAAACCACGUGGAAUAGCCCUCGAUCCGUGCGACUCACGUGUCUACUGGACCAAUUGGAACUCGCGCAGUCCUGGAAUCCAGCGAGCUUAUUACACGGGCUUUGAUGUCCAAUCCAUCAUCACGACAGAUAUUCGAAUGCCCAAUGCCUUGGCACUGGAUCUGAUUGCUCAGAAGUUGUACUGGUCGGAUGCCCGGCUUGACAAGAUGGAACGAGCAGAUCUGGACGGCAAGCACCGCGUCGUGUUGGCCAAGGUCUCCCCUCAGCAUCCCUUCGAUAUUGCCGUUUAUGGCAAUUACAUCUUCUGGACGGAUUGGGUCCUUCACGCCGUGUUACGAGCCAACAAGUACACGGGUGAGGAUGUCGUCUGGCUCCGGAAGGAAGUGCCACGACCAAUGGGCAUCGUCGCAGUCCAUAACACUACCUACGACUGCAGUGCCAAUCCCUGCCGUGCCCUUAACGGUGGAUGCGAAGAUCUCUGUCGGCUGGAUGAAUACGGCAAAGUUUCUUGCCAAUGUUUCCCCGGACGAACGGUACUCCGAUCGGAUCCUAGUCGUUGCGGAAGGCAAAGUACCAAUUGUUCGGCACUGGAAUUCGAAUGUAGCAGCGGUGACUGCAUUCCGUUUCACUUCACAUGUGACGGUGUGGCUGAAUGCCCCGACUUCUCCGACGAGUUGCCAACAUAUUGUCUCUUCCGCAAAUGUUUACCCGGUUUCUUCCAGUGUCAAAACAGCAGAUGUGUGCUGCAAAACGCCUCUUGCGACGGAAUAAACGACUGUGGAGAUUUCAGUGACGAAGCCAAUUGCACCUGCAACACUAGUCAAUUUCGAUGCACGUCCGGUCAUUGUAUAUCAAAUAGUUUCAGAUGUGACACAGACCCCGAUUGCCCAGACGCUUCAGAUGAAAUGGGUUGCCCGCAACCUAACUGCACCUUAAGUAGAGGCGUUAAUGCCCCAGCUCAAAAAUUGCAAAAUUGUCGUAAUACGACAGCUUGCAUUCAUCCGACAUGGAUAUGCGAUGGCGCCAAUGAUUGCUGGGAUAAUUCGGACGAACUCAACUGUACCAGCCCCGGAUCGGCGGCAGGGCCAUCUAGUGGUUCACCAGUUACAGACGGACAAUCUUGUCCGGCAUCAGCAUUCCAGUGCCGCAACGGCAAGUGCAUUACGCAUGCCUGGCUAUGCGAUCGCGAUGAUGACUGUGAAGAUGCCACGAAUGGAACGCUUAGUUCGGACGAAAUCAACUGCGAUUACACCUGUCGGCCCGACCAGUUCAAAUGCAACAAUUCGGAUUGCAUUCCGUCCAUGUGGCGUUGCGACGGCACUGAAGAUUGCACUGACGGUUCUGACGAAUCGGGUGAGUGCCAGACGAGAGUCUGCGGCGAGACGGAAUUCCGAUGCAAUACUACUGGCCGCUGCAUUCCUUCUUUGUGGGUAUGCGACGGCGAUGUCGACUGUUCAGAGGAUGGAUCCGAUGAAAACCCAACUGUCGGAUGCAGUCCCAGUCUUUCCCCUGACAAAUCGCGUCCGGCUUGUCACCUCAACGAGUUCCGCUGUUUGAAUCGCCGUUGCGUCCUCAAGUUGUUCUAUUGUGACGGUGAUGACGAUUGUGGAGAUCUCAGUGACGAACCGGCUUAUUGCGCUCAUGUGAGCAAGCACCAUUGCCCGCCCAACGAAUUCCAAUGCCGCAACCGGAAAUGUAUCCCUCGAGCAAAGACAUGCGAUGGUCGCGAUGAUUGCGACGACGGAUCUGACGAAGACGUCAUAUUUUGUUCGAUGCCAGCCAACACCAACGCCACAAAAGGAGAAUGUCUAGCAGGCCAAUUUCGUUGUGCCAAUCGGCUCUGUGUCAACUCUACUCUGUUGUGCGAUGGUCGAAACGAUUGUGGGGACUUCAGUGACGAAAACAAAUGCAACGUUAACGAGUGCGAGCCCAUUAAUCCAUGCCAACACACCUGCGUCGAUAAACCCGUCGGGUACGAAUGCCAAUGCAAUGCGGGUUUUAAACCCAACCCUAAAGACCAACACUUGUGCUCCGACAUAGACGAAUGCGCUCUGCAUCCUCGUCCAUGCUCUCAAAUAUGCCGCAACACGUUCGGCUCCUACGUUUGUUCCUGUUCGGCCGGGUACAUUUCGGUUCAUAACGGGAGCAGCUGCAAGACCAAUUCGAGCUUUGCUCCUACCAUCCUGUUUUCCAACCGAUAUUACAUCCGCGAAGUGCAUCUGCAUAGCCGCAUGGCUUCUGUACGGGCCCACAACUUGACUAACGCCGUUGCCCUUGAUUACGACUGGUUGGAACAGUGUCUCUAUUGGUCAGACGUUACCGAAUAUGGCUCCAGCCUCAAGCGACUGUGCGGAAAUGACCCAAGUCAUGACCAACAACAGACCUUGCAUUCGGCCACCCUUCAAAAUCCUGACGGGCUAGCAGUCGACUGGGUAGGUCGCAACUUGUAUUGGUGCGACAAGAAGACGGACACGAUUGAAGUUUCGAAACUGGAUGGCCGAUUCCGUAAGAUCUUACUGCACGAAGGACUGCAAGAACCACGGGCAAUUGCCUUAGACCCCAGUCAAGGUUAUCUGUACUGGACGGAUUGGGGCGACAAGGCGCACAUUGGCAAAGUUGGAUUGGAUGGUAGCCAACCACGGGUCAUAGUCAAUACAUCACUAGGAUGGCCGAACGCACUGGCCAUUUCCUACGAGACUAACGAAGUAUUUUGGGCGGACGCUCGUGAGGACUAUAUCGCCGUAGCGGAUUUGGAAGGCCGAAACCCACGUAUCGUCCUCAGUCGUGGAGAAAACACCAAUGCACGCCUCCACCACAUUUUUGCCCUUACAGUCUUCGAAGAUUCCAUCUACUGGACGGACUGGGAGACGAAAUCUGUUGAGAAAUGCCACAAAUACAACGGUGGCGAUCGAGAAACAAUUAUAACGACGAUUCACAGACCCAUGGACAUUCAAGUGUACCAUCCAUUACGGCAAAGACCGUUAGAGAUUAACCCGUGCGAAAACAAUGGCAAUUGUACAACGUUAUGCCUGUUGAAACCUGGCGGAGGUAGCCAGUGUGCUUGUCCUGAGAAUUUCAUUUUAGCCACUGAUGGCGUUUCUUGUUUGAACAAUUGCUCGUCAUCGCAGUUUGUUUGCGCCACUACCUACAAGUGUAUUCCAUUCUGGUGGAAAUGCGACACCCAGGACGAUUGUGGGGAUCGAUCGGAUGAACCAGCCGAUUGUCCAGCCUUUACGUGUAUGCCCGGACAAUUCCAGUGUAGCAACGGCCACUGCAUUCACCCAUCGUUGCUCUGCAAUGGCGAAUCAGAUUGUGGCGAUGGAUCGGACGAAACUAAAUGCGAGAAACACACCUGUCUUAGUUCUCAAUUCAAGUGCCGAGGCAAUGGAACGCUGUCGGAUCGUUGCAUCGAUUCAAAUCAACGCUGUGACGAUCAUGUCGAUUGUCCUUUGGGUGAAGACGAGAAAGAUUGCCCGCCCGUAACAUGUCCGUCCAAUCAGCAUCGGUGCGGCACCGACAGCAAGUGCAUUCCAGCUGUUUGGGUCUGCGAUGCAGAUCACGACUGCCCCGAUGGGUCUGAUGAGCCAGCCAAUUGCACUCAACGCGUUUGUCCCGACAACCAUUUCCGUUGUCGAUCCGGCCGUUGUAUUCCUCUGACUUGGAAAUGUGACGGCGAUAAAGAUUGUCCUGAAGGUGAAGAUGAACCCACCUCUUGCACGAAUCCCGACAUCCACACUUGCGAACCAACCUAUUUCAAGUGCGACAACAACAAGUGCAUACCGGGCCGUUGGCGUUGUGACUACGAUAACGACUGUGGAGACGGAUCGGAUGAAAAGGGCUGUACUCCACGCAAUUGCAGCGAGUCCGAGUUCCGUUGCGGAGACGGCCGCUGCAUCCGCGGCUCGUUGCGCUGCAAUGGUGAAUUUAACUGCGACGAUCGAAGCGACGAAGCCGAUUGCAACACGACGUGCAGCGAAGGCGAAUUCCAGUGUGCCAAUCCCAAGUUCUGCAUCCAAGCGGACUGGCGCUGCGACGGCGACGUGGAUUGCGCCGACGGAUCAGACGAGUUCCACUGCAACACGACGUGUUCUCCGGAUGACUUUGCUUGCACCAACGGCGAGUGCACUUCGCUUCUGUGGCGCUGCGAUGGCGACAACGAUUGCAGUGAUGGCUCAGACGAGGCAAAAGAGAUGUGUGCCCACUUGGGAUGUCCGCCUGGAAAAUUCCGCUGCCGCAAUUUCCUCUGCAUCCCUCAGACAGAAGUCUGCGACAACUACAAGGACUGUGAAGACGGGUCCGACGAAGAGCCGGCCGUCUGUCAGGCCCAAGGAUUUUGUUUGCCGCAUCAAUUUCGAUGUCGAAGCGGCCACUGCAUCAAUGGGUCAAUGGCUUGCGAUGGGUUCAACGAUUGCGGUGACGGCAGUGACGAAGUCAAUUGCCGCAGUCCUUCGGUCUGCAGCUUCGGCAGAUGCUCUCAAUUGUGCGUAGAGAAAAAGGGAGGUAAUCACAGCUGCAUUUGCGCUCCUGGCUAUGCGGCCAUGUCAACAGGCGUCAGCAAACCGAAGACGUGUUUAGCUGAUGGAAACCCAAGCCAAUUGCUGAUCGCCAGUGACAACAAAUUGCGGCGGCUGAGUCCGUUCAAAGCUGGAGACAUUUCCGAUUCUGUAUUCAGUCCUGGCAGUAUUCGUAUCGAAGCAGCAGAUGUAUAUUUCAACGCAACUGAGGUCAUCGUGUUCUGGAGCAGUGCCCACAACAAGAGCAUCCAUCGCUACGACAUGGCUGCGUCGGUUCUGCAUGAGCUUUCUGUUUUGGAUGAAGCCCCGUCAGCUAAGCGAAGUCGUCGAAGUAAAACGGAGACUCUUCUCACUGGAUUGGAGGAUCCGAGAGGUCUGGCAGUCGAUUGGUUCGGUUUGAAUCUCUACUGGGUUGACGGGACACAGAAACUAGUUGGCGUCAUCAGUUUCGACGGUCGCCUGCGACGCCAUCUCAUCUCCACCGAGAUGGACCAACCUCAUGAUAUCGUUGUCGACCCGCUGUCCGGUUUCAUGUUUUGGUCGGACCUCGGUCUCAAUGCCCGUAUCGAAACGGCUCGAAUGGAUGGCAGUUCCCGACGCGUUCUGGUCGAUACCGACAUCCUUUAUCCAACCGGUCUGGCUAUCGAUUAUCCAGCACGGCGACUCUACUGGGCCGAUCCUAAAACAGGAACUUUGGAGAGUGUCAAUUUAGAAGGCAAAGAUCGAGUGGUAGUGCGGCGGUUCCGCCUAUCAGUUGAGGACAAGCCAUUUAAGGUGGACAUCUUUGAGGACACGAUAUUCAUGGUGAUGCACCAAACUCAUGGAAUCGCUCGUAUUAACAAAUUCGGACAAGGCAACUUAACGACUCUGGUUUCUGGACUGAAUCGAGCUUCUGAUAUUAUCGUCGUGCAAGAGAACAAACAAACGCGUCAAGCCAACAAUCCUUGCAGCAACAAAUGUAAUCCAGGCGCACUGUGUCUGCUCAACUCACCCACCAGCCGCACUUGUGCUUGCACCAUGUCAAUGACAUCGACUGUGGUGGGCUCGAAUGUGACUUGCCAACCGCCUGUUUGUGGAUUAGAUUGCAAUACGGGCAAGUGUAUCAUCGACGAUCGGGGAAUGGCCAGCUGUAAAUGCCCUUCACUCUACGAAGGUGAUCGGUGUGAGCGUUAUCGCUGUUCCGGCUAUUGUCGCAACAAGGGCGUUUGUUACCCAGAUUUGCUCGUAUCAGACCCGCCGCCAUUGAAAUGUAGCUGCACACCCGAGUGGACGGGAGAGCGAUGCGAAACGCGUGCAACCGCUUGUGAAGACCGUUGCCAGAACGGGGGCUCAUGCAUCCAAACGGCAAGUGGAACAUCGUGCUCAUGUCCACCUGGUUUCUCCGGCGAAUUCUGCGAAAAUUGCCCAUCACUGAAUUGCUUACACGGCGCGUUCUGUCGAGCCAUAGAGAAAGAAACGAAGAACAAAGAGAAAGAAAACCGCGAUAAGAACAGCGAAAAUGACAAGGAAAGGAAGUUCGUCUGUUCUUGCCCGCCCGGAUUCUCGGGCGAACGAUGCGAGCGUUCCGAAUGUGAUGACUACUGCCCUCAGAGUGAAUGUACCAUGAACGAAUUAGGAGUUCCGCAAUGUCUAUGUGCUCCCGGCUUUACUGGAAAGAAGUGCGACAAUGACGUCUGUGCCGAUUUCUGUUUGAACGGUGGUGAGUGCUUGCGUGGCGCGAAAAAGAUCACGUGUCACUGCCAUCAGGGUUAUACGGGUAAACGGUGCGAGACCCGUAUCGAAUGCGCCGAUCCAUCGGAAUGCAGCGGCGACAAGUCAAACGCAACGUCCGUCGUCUGUAACGGUGUCGACUGCCUCAACGGUGGCACUUGUGUUCCUAUAAGAGGACAGGCUUUCUGCCGCUGUGCGGACGAUUGGGCGGGAUUGCACUGCGAAGUCUACCGAGGCGAUUACAACGCCUGCAAAUCCAUGUGCAUCAAUGGUGGCGUUUGUGUGUCCACUAAAGCGCUGAGUGUUCCUCGUUGCGAAUGCUUAGCCGAUUGGACAGGUCCGCGCUGCGAGUAUCGCAAGUCUUGUCUUAACUAUUGUUUCAACGGAGGAACUUGUUCUCUCAAUCCCGAUGAAGAUCUCAAACCCACUUGCGUUUGCCAAGAGGGGUUCUACGGCGUACGGUGCCAGACGCUAGGCAGUGAUAUAAAUAAUUCCAGUAGUCAAUCAAGCAGCGGCAAAUCGUCAAUUAAUGGCACAGUUACCGCCAUCGUCGUUGUCUUGGUCAUCAUUGCCGUCGUGGUCGCGGCGGCCAUAGCAGCAAUAACCGUCAUGCGAAAGCGACGAAGGGGGAAGCCUUUUAUGCACGUAAGGAUGCAGAGUCAAGAAAACGUAGAAAUAAGCAACCCGAUGUAUCUUAGAGAGGAUGCUGACGAAGAUGUCGAGUCUUUAGAUCCCACCUUUGUGAUUCCUAGCAAUAAGGCGACCAACUUUGCUAAUCCUGUCUACGAGUCGAUGUACAACGACGCAGCGGCGGGCAGUAGCGUCAACGAGGAAAAGAAAGGAUUACUUCACAGUGAACCGUCACAUCCCCUUGAGCCCCAUAAGAAUCAUCCUUUGGCCGAAAAUAGCGAAUCUUUUACCUAAAUAUGUUUACUUUUAUUAUUAUUUUUUUUUCAUACUCUUUCUGACAGCGAUUGGAUUCGUACACGACAAAGCCACCAUCCAAAUGUAUAGGCCAGCUUUGUCGAGCUGAAAUUAGUUUGUGGCUGGUCACACCUGUCCAGAAGGAGAUGAUCUCCAUUAUUAAGAAUAAUUUGACCGUCACGCUGACUGCGUUUCUGAUAAUUUUAUUAUUAUUACUUUUUUUUCCUUCAAAUUGCACGAUGUUCAAGUUGUUGGCGCCAGUUGUGCUUCGUCAAUGAAGCUUUGGCGAUGUCGUCAGCUGCUCAAAACUAUACAUGAAUUGUAUCAUAUUUUUUUCGCAUAACUGGACAGCAUAUUAUUUGGCUAAUGUGAUAUCUCUUUUGUCAAUUUCACGGAUGCUCUGCAGGCACCUCGGGUGACAUUGGGCAAACCAAGUGGAACUUUACUCAUCCUUUUACCAGACACAUUUUUAAAAAAAUUAUCAUUUUCCCUUUGAUUUGAUUUUCGUUUUCAAGUGCAAGCGAACAGGCUUCUUUGGAUCAUCUGGUCCAUUUUGCCUUGUUUUUGGAAUGUAACAUGACGUGUUUUGAGUUGAACGAGUUCCGUAAACAGUUGUGUUUGUAGUUCUUGAUCAUCUCCUUGUAAUCAUGCUCUCUGGAUUUAUACAACUUUGUACCGAUCAAUACACAAACAAAACAAAAA